AUGUCUUUAUCCAACUCUCAAACGAUGAGCACUGUUGAAGGAAAAAACGAACUCACCGAAAACGACUUACAUUUUCUGGACAUUGUCUCAUUAGACCCAGUGAGCGAUGAUCUGCUUAAAACUGUAACACUCGUUAAUUACGCUUUCUUGCUUGGGAUCAUUAGUGUCACCGGGGUCGUCCUGAAUCUCGUCACCAUCGCCGUCUUUUUAAAACAGGGGUUUAAGGAUCCCAUCAACAUCCCGCUGGUCGGGUUGGCAGUGGCUGAUACAGGAGGGUUGGUGUUUCUGAUAUGGAUGAGCCUGUGCUACAACCCUCUCGUGGUUGACAGCCUAGAGCGGGUGGACCUGGUUGGCAUACAGCACAUCACAGCCGGCUGGCCUCACAUCUGCUUCACGCGGAUCACUAGCUGGCUGACCGUCUUCAUCUCGUUCGAGAGGUACCUGUGCAUCGCUUUCCCGCUCAAAGUCAAGGCUAUCCUCACCCCGCGACGCACCGCCAUCAUCGUCAUCGUGAUUUUUAUCGUGUUAAUGUUAACCGUCGUUCCCGUUUACAUCGCCAUACACAUCGACCGUGUGUUCAGCUCUAAACAAAACCGAACACUCUUCACAAUCGUCUACAUUCAAGAUGGCGUCGACUUAGAAAAAAUAUCCCUGUACUUCAAUUCAUUUUUACAACUUUCUUCCUUUUUCAUUGUCGCUGUGUUGACAACAGGACUUGUUGUAAAAAUAACUCAGAAAUCAAAAUGGCGGAACGCUACGUCGUCAGCUAACCAGAACGAGGCCGUAUCCUCAAGGGAUAGAAAAGUCGUCAGGAUGGUGAUAUUCAUCUCAGGGAUAUUUAUCCUCAGUUUCACCCCAGUUGCAAUGAACCAGAUCGGCAUGUUGGUCGUUGCAGACUAUACCGUUGGGGGCAGGUAUCAGAACCUGUUCCUGUUCUGUUCGACUUUUGGCUUCAACCUCGAGGCCAUCAACUCCAGUGCCAACAUCUUCGUCUACCUGAAGAUGAGCAGCAAGUUCAAGGAAGUGUUCGUAUCCAUGUUUUGUAACGUCAAGAAACAAUAG